CUCUUUCCUGGCUGCAUUGGGGAUCCCUCUUGUGUUGGGAGGGAAAGCAAAAGAUAGUUGAAUCUUACUAAACUUAAAUUCAGAAAAGGUUGAUUUUUCAAGUUGAAUUAGAAAAUGUCCAAAGAAUAUCUGCUUUACAAGGAUCUAGGAAAUUAUAACAUUGCCCAGAUUAGAACAUUGACCUACUUUAUAUGACAUUUAGCAAGUUCUUCUGUGUCAUUUUUCUCUUCUGAAAAUGAGAGAGUUGGUUAAGAUCUUUUCCAAGUCUAAAAUUUUUCAUAAUGUCUGUUGGCCUAGGAUGCCAUUUACCACCCCUUCUAAGUCUUCCUUAGUCACAUAGCUCUUCAGCUCCCCCCCUUUUUUUAAUUAGUUCUGUGAUCUGAAAUUUAUUUUGAAAUCCAUUUUCUUUUCUGUAACAUGGGGGAUAAAUGCUUAACCUGGAAGCUCAUUGAGGACAAUACCUGGUACAUACGUAUGCUUAUUAAUGAACAUCUGGGGCAACUGUUCUAGUGAGGAUGAAAGAAAGUCCCUUCUCUGCCUCCUUAUUUAUUUAGUUUGCUGACCCUGGAACCAUUUAGGUUAUAGCAAUGAGGAAAAAACCACUAACCAAGAGUGAUGCUUCAAUGAGGGACAUGAAUAUUAAACAUGGAAACUUUAAUAGGUUAAGGAAGUACAAGAGCAGUGCAGUCUGAAUUUAUGUGGCCAUUCCGACUUCCAGGAAAGGGAAGGGAAGCAGCCAUUCCUUCCAUCUUACUCUGCUCCCUUGUUGGAUGGAGGUUGAGGGUAUCUAUAUAAUUAAAUACUUUAGCAUAACAGGAGAUAGGUAACCUUAGCAAAACCAAAUUUAUGAAUUAGAACUUGAGUUUUCUUGGAAUGCAGUACAAAGCAAGGAUCGGAAUGAUGAGAAAAAAUAUAUUAAGACUUUUGAAGAUAGAUUCAGGAGAGUCAGUAUCAGAAUUAUGUGAAGAAAAGAACUGAGUAAUGGUAAGAGUUAAAAAAGAAGAGGAAAGGCCCACAAAGGUAAAGAUUUGUCUUGAGAUUGAAAAUACUUGCUGUUUGGCUAUGAUAUAUAUCUAGAUGUUCUGAUGAAAAUAUCUUUCAAAGACAGAAUCCUAGAAGCCACCUGUUAGGGUAGAAAAGUUACCUGCAGAGGAAUGAGAAUAAAAGUGAGGUUAGAUUUUUGAUAUGUGUAGUUACUUAUCAGAAGACAGCAGGAUUUAUGUAAUUCUUAGGGGUAAAUGGUAUGACUAAAAUUCAGAGCUUGUGCAAUUUAUGCAAGAGCUUCAGAUUGUUAAGAUUGAAGUUUGACCUGCCUUGUUUUGGGAGAUGUUUAUAGUUUCAUUUUUGAGGUUAAUUUCAUUUUGAGGUUAGAUUCACUGUGAAAUAAAACAAUGAGGAAAAUAGUGAAGUAAAAUUAGGAUAUAGAAUCAUGCUGUCCAGUGGGACUUUCUGCAGUGACGAGGAUAUGGUGGUAACUAUUUUGCAUCCCCAUCAGCAGAGUUUAAUAGUUCCAUCUCUUAGAUAGCUCACAGGCCUCUCACUUCUACUUUUCAUUUCAUCUCUUACCACAGCUUGGUAUUUAGCCUAGUGCCUAAUCGGUUCUGGUUAGGUAUUUUUUGUUUGUUUUUUUACUAAGUUAUAGAAGCCUCAAAAUACAGUGAUUUAGGGAAUGAAAAACAAAUAUACUUUGCUUUAUACAUUUAGGUUAUGGUUUGCAUUUUCCUCUCCAUUUACUGUCAUCACCUUUGUUCAGACUUCUGCUUUUACAUCUUCUAUCAGGUCUUUUGUCCUGGACUUCCCCCACUUCGUAUCUUAUUGGAUAUAUAAAUUUUACUCUGUGGCUACAACAUUUUCUGAAUUAUCUUUAGGAAAAGAGCAUUUAGGAAAAUAUUGUGUACAAUUUUUUAAAAUUACCAUUAAUUUGAUACAGUUUUGGAAACUAAAAAUAGAUUGCUUGAUUCCCACCCCCCCCUUGGCAUUAUUGUGUUAUAAUGAAGUUUGGUUUUUAACUUAGCAUUUUAAGCUGUUGAAUUUUUAAGGAGACGCCAUAGUUUUAAUUUUGUGGUGGGCAUCUUUGAGGGGGGCCAUUAUUUGCAGGUCAUGGUAACAUUUGUACUGCAAGAAAAUGAAAAGCACAGCAUUGUUGGGUAUUCAUUAAAAUGCCCAGGCACAACGUUACGAUUAAUCAGAGAAAUUGUUCAUUAGUCAUUUAUAAUAGGAAAAAAAGGUUCCCACAUGAAAUUGAGACUAAAAGUUUACUUUAGUCGUGUUUGUUAAUGUGGCAUAGCAAUGGUUAAAUGCUCUAAAAUUACUAAGGCAACAUUAAAGGCUGAUGGUAAAAUGUUUUUAUUUAAAUUAAAGUCUAUUUAAACUUUAUACCAAAUGGGGCCUGAGAUGUAAGCUUUAUUUUAGAAAGGGUAAGUAAUAGUGGACUCUUGAUAAAUUUUGGAAUUUUGCUAACUUUGGAUUCUGUGGGCUUGUCUUAUUGUAAUGUAAUUUUUGUAAAAAUUUAUCUCAUAAAACCAGUUUAAAUGUUCUACCUAGUCGAGAAAUUCUACUGUAUUGUGCUAAAAAUUAGUUAAAGGUGGUUGCUCUUUGGUAGACAUGUUUGAUAAUCUUACUAAAGCUAAAGGCAUCUUUUAGAGUAUACAUCUGGAACCCACAAGUUCUGAGUCUCUAACUAAUGACUUCAGGCCAGACAAGUUAACUUUUGGAAUUGUCUAAGUCAGCACUUACGUAUUUUGGAAUAUGUACCAUCUAUGCUAUAUAUAAUUUCCCCAUCUUCCUUAAUCCAGACAAAAGCCAUUCAAAGCUAGCAAUAUUGUCCCAGUUUUACAGCUGAGCAGGUGGUGAAGUUUGAAUUCAAGUGUAGAUGACUCCAGAACACUUCCAUUUUUACUGUCCUGACUCACUUAUUCAGAGGCUUGUCUGCAGAUUAAUGAUUUUUAGAUGGUGUUGUAAGGAUCUGGGUAUAGGUUCUUUGUAUAUAGGUUCUUUUUGUAUAGGUUCUUUGGAAGUUUGGAAAAACAUUUUUUGCUUGAGAAAUAUGUCAUCCCUUUUACUUGUUUUUACACAUUUGGACUCUGUCUUAAAUCUGUCUGAAGUUUUUCUGUUCUAAAACAUUUGAAGUCUCCUGCUCUAGAAACCUGAGACCUAUCUAGAAUGAAUAUGUAUUAGAAAAUCAAAACAUAGAUUAUCAUAAUUUUUCAGUGAACAGACUUUUCAAUUAUAUUUCUAUUCCUAAUGAUGUUUUCUGUAGCCUAAUACCAAAAUGACAUUGAGGUGAUUGAACACACUAUUAAUAGGGUGGGGAAGUGAUUAGAGUUAAAAAUUUAUGCUGAAAAUGGCCAAUUUACAGCACAGGGUUCACACCCCACACCAGGUCUUGGUGCCUUUAAAGGCUACACUAAGCAUGAUGUAAUGACAGGUUAAACCUCUGAAUGCCUGAGCUGACGCAAUGCAGAUUGGAGGCCCUGGACUUUACUGGGGCAAGGGUAAUGCUUAUUUAAAAACAAAACAAGCUACUCUGUUUAAUGAGGCCGUUUAAGAUGGUUUUCCUAGAGUAGGAAGAGAAUAAAAUCUAAAUUUGGAGGUUAAAGCGGGAGUUUAAUAUGGAUAUGUGUGCUUACUACUCUCACUACAAAAUCUUCCUGAAGGGAGGAGUUUAAGGUGCCGACGGUGGUAAAAAUGGAGAAGUGAGUUACAGUUGAGGAAAUAAGGUAGUUAACGCUUGUUAAAUAGUUACUGAACAAAGUAGGGAGAAUACUUUUACUUUUAAAAAUCUAGCGUCCGCAGGGUUAACUGGCUGCAGUAUAUAGUGCAGAGAUGUGUGCUUGUCUGGUCGCGUAUUUCCCACAUAUUCUGUGUAGACUUUGGGUUGAAACCAUGCAAAAUUGCCGAUAUCCGACUGUUUAGGCCUACAGAAAUGGAGUGUUUCAGCUUUCUAGUAAGCUGAUGGAAGUGCUGAGACGUGCACAGUAUCACCGGGGAUUGAGGAUCGCCGGGUUUUACGGGGUUUUACUCGGCUGGGGGCCUGGGUGGGAGUCAGCGCUCCUUGUUCAAGAGCAGCUUGGGAGCUGCCCCAGACAGGGUGGGGCGGAGCCUUAAGCCCCGCCCCGUACGCCUCCCCGCCUCUCGCCAGCCGCGGCAGCCUCCGCCCUGUGCGGAGAGAGCCUGCGGCCGCCUGGCACUGCGUUGGCGCAGACUCUCCAGCUGCGGGCCGGAUCCUGCAGUAGUAGCUCGAGCUGGCACCGAGAGCGCACGUAGUCGACCAGUCGCCUCUACGCACCCUUCAGCCCUGUUCUUCACCCAGCUGGCAGGAGCCUAGCCGAUGAAUUUGGGGAAGACAGACUUCCAAGACAGAGGAAGGUUUAGGGCCCAGCAGAGGACAGCUCAGCAAUGGCUCCCAUUUUUGGAGACGCAGGCGAAUUUGAGCUCAUGGGGAGGUGUGGUCGACUCCUCUUGGAACAGGAGUGGGCAUCAGUUCUCUUCUUCAGUAGCCAGUGCUUCUGAGGAGUGAAUGGAGUGUAUGGAGUAGGGCAUGUGCCGCCUUUUGAAAACUAGACCCAGGACAUGUUUAGGAAAAGAAGGUAUCCAGGAGAGCCCUCUGUUGCAAGUUGUCUUUGCUUCUGGGGGAAAGGCUGUGAGCUCUCUGACUUCUCAUGACCGGGAAGUCUCCCUUACCUUUUCUGUACUCCUGGAGAGGCGUCUUGCUCACUUGUUUACCAGCAUCUGGGACAAGGAAGAGAAAAGAAAUGAGCCGUCAGACUGCAACAGCAUUACCUACUGGAACCUCAAAGUGCGCACCGUCCCAGAGGGUGCCUGCCCUGACGGGCACAACCGCCUCCAACAAUGACCUGGCGAGUCUCUUUGAGUGUCCCGUCUGCUUCGACUAUGUGUUACCACCCAUUCUUCAGUGCCAGAGUGGCCAUCUUGUUUGUAGCAACUGUCGCCCAAAGCUCACAUGUUGUCCAACUUGCCGGGGCCCGCUGGGAUCCAUUCGCAACUUGGCUAUGGAGAAAGUGGCCAAUUCAGUACUUUUCCCUUGUAAAUAUGCCUCUUCUGGAUGUGAAAUAACUCUGCCACACACAGAAAAAGCAGAUCACGAAGAGCUCUGUGAGUUUAGGCCUUACUCCUGUCCGUGCCCUGGUGCUUCCUGUAAGUGGCAAGGCUCUCUGGAUGCCGUCAUGCCGCAUCUGAUGCAUCAGCACAAGUCCAUCACGACCCUGCAGGGAGAGGACAUAGUGUUCCUUGCCACAGACAUUAAUCUUCCUGGUGCUGUUGACUGGGUGAUGAUGCAGUCCUGUUUUGGCUUUCACUUCAUGUUGGUCUUGGAGAAACAGGAAAAAUAUGAUGGUCACCAGCAAUUCUUUGCAAUUGUACAGCUGAUAGGAACACGCAAGCAAGCUGAAAAUUUUGCUUAUCGACUUGAGCUAAAUGGUCAUAGGCGGCGAUUGACUUGGGAAGCCACUCCUCGAUCUAUUCAUGAGGGAAUUGCAACAGCCAUUAUGAACAGUGACUGCCUAGUCUUUGACACCAGCAUUGCACAGCUCUUUGCAGAAAACGGCAAUUUAGGCAUCAAUGUAACUAUUUCCAUGUGUUGAAAUGGCAAUCAAACAUUUUCUGGCCAGUGUUUAAAACCAUUGCAUUCAAUUUCACAGAGAAUAAGGCACCUGUCUGCCUACCAACCAAAAACUUGUGGUAGGUGGAAGCUAGACACAUGAAGGUAAAUAAAAGGAAAGGCUGUUAAAUACAGGAAACAGUUGCAUGUAAUAACACUAAUAUAUUUAAAAAUAAGUCAACAGUAAACCACUGAAAAAUAAAUAUAUAUAUAUAUAUACACCCAAGAUGGGCAUCUUUUGUAUUAAGAAAGGAAGCAUUGUAAAAUAAUUCUGAAUUUGUGUUUGUUGUAGAUCGAGUGUACCGUUGAGAAAUACUGGGUUCUUGUUUGUUUCUUUGUGUGCCUGUGCGUGUGUGUGCGCGUGCGUGUGAGUGUGCUUGGGUUUUUUUCCUUUAACUGACAAGCCAUGCUGAGUGGUCUUGGGCCACUGCUUUCCCUCUGAGUCAAUACAUAGUGCUGCUGUGUGUGUGUAUUUUUUUGUGUGUGUGUAUUUGCUAAUUUUUAUUAAUUCUAGUUUUUCAUUAAAUAAAUUUGACUUUCUUUUCUGUAAUUCAGGUUUUUCCUCACUUUUUUUUGUACCUUUUAAAGUUAGUGUCUUUUUGAUAUGCAUAAUUGUUGAUGGUAAAAUUUAUACAUGUGUUCGAUACAUAUUUUCUUUUCCCCCAUUAAUCAGUUCAUUAGAAAUAUUUUAAAUUCAACUGUUUCGUGAAGAUAUGAGUUUCAGAAAGGAAAGAUAACAUCAGAAGAAUUAUCAGAAGCUAUUUAAAGCAGCUAUAAAAUGGUCUCCCUCUCUUCUCCAGUUGAGUCAUACCUUCAAACUUAUUCUUUGUAAGAUUAGGGAGUACUGAUUUUUUUUUUUAAUGCUGGGGAAAAAAAAUCAGGCUCUCCCUUCCCCCCACAUAUCUUGGACAAAUCACAUAUGUUUAAAAUUUGUUCUUGUAUUUAUUGGUUUUGCAAAAGAAGGCAUCGUCUCACACAGUAUUUGUAAUUAAAAGCAAAUCAUUUGUUUAAAAAAAAGGCAGUUUGCAAAAAAAUGUUUUUGGUCUUUUAUAAUUCUCAUUAAAAGAAUAUCUGGCAAAUUAAAAA